AGAAGAAGAAGAAGAAGAAGAAGAAGAAGAAGAAGAAGAAGAAGAAGAAGAAGAAGAAGAAGAAGAAGAAGAAGAAGAAGAAGAAGAAGAAGAAGAAGAAGAAGAAGAAGCAGCAGCAGCAGCAGCAGCAGCAGAAGAAGAAGAAGAAGCAGCAGCCGCAGCAGCCUCAGCAGCCUCGACCGUAGAAGAAGACGAAUCAGUAGCAUCAGCUGCAGAAGAAGAAGAAUGAUGGUGGAGAAGAACUGGAUAAAAAGCUAGCAAUGUUAGCUUUGUGAAUUUGUGGAAUUCGCUGGAAGUCAGUUGUGUAGCCGUAGCACAAAUGGAUAUUUCAGUCGGCGAAGGAACAAUGUCUUCAGCUCAGUGUUUGAGGGACUUUAUCAACGGGCGACUGACGGCUGCUGCUGAGGAAAUAUUUCAAGUCUUUGAAAAAACUGUCCUCCGGUACGAGGAGGAGCUCGCUCGGCAGCGCACACUGUUGGACAUCACCUGGAAACCCGAGAUAAAGUUACUCCGAAUAGACCUCCCUCAACAACAUGUUUGUAAGGAGGAGGAGGAGGAGGAGGAUCUCGCUGACCAGCAGCUUUGUUAUCAGGAGAGGAACUCUAGUCUGGCACAGGAGGAACCAGAUCCCCCACAGAUUAAAGAGGAACAGGAGGAACUGUGCACCAGUCAGGCAGGAGAGCAGCUUCUACUGAAAGAGGAGACUGAUAUCAUUAUGGUUACUCAGACUUAUGAGGAAAGUAACCACAGUGAACCAGAACCCGUCAGUGACCAGCUCCUCUCUCACAACUCUCAUCUGCCUGAGAGCCAAACCGAGGAAGGAUACAAGCUUGUACAGCCAGAGUCAGCUACAAAUGCAGAGCCAGAGCCAAACAACAAACCUCACACAAACAGUAGUCACAGUAAUGAUGUAGAUCAGUCUCUGUCAGAAAGUCCUGACACAAAAAAGUCUUUUCACUGUGACUUUUGUGGAAAAGCUUUUCAGAAAAAGUCCCAAAUGCAGAAACAUAGGAGGACUCACACUGAUGAGAAGCUGUACACCUGCAAAACAUGUGGGAGAAGUUUCACUCAUAGCGCUUCCUUGAAAGUCCACAUGAGAAUCCACACAAGCGAAAAGCCGUACUCUUGCAAAAUAUGUGGGAAACGUUUCAAUAAUAGCACUUCCUUGACAGUUCACACCAGAGUCCACACAGGUGAGAAGCCUUAUACCUGCAAAAUGUGUGGGAAAAGUUUCAGUCAAAGUUGCCAUUUGACUUCGCACGUAAGAACUCACACAGGUGAGAAGCUGUAUUCUUGCCAAACAUGUGGAAAAAGCUUCGUCAACAGCGCCGACGUGAAAAUCCACAUGAGAACCCACACGGGCGAGAAGCCGUAUUUUUGCGAUAUAUGCGAGAAAAAUUUCAUCCACAGUUCUCACCUGAAAGUCCACAUGAGAAUCCACACAGGUGAGAAGCCGUAUUCUUGCAAAACAUGUGGAAAGGGAUUCAGUAAUAGCAAUUCCUUGAAAGUCCACAUGAGAAUCCACACAGGCGAGAAGCCGUAUUCUUGCAAAGCUUGUGGGAAAAGUUUUAACCAAACUUGUCAUCUGACUGCCCACAUGAGAACUCACACAAGUGACAAGCUGUUUUCUUGUAAAACAUGUGACGAAAAUUUCAGUAACAGUGCCGACCUAAAAGUCCACAUGGAAAUCCACACAGGCGAGAAGCCGUGCUCCUGUAAAACAUGUGGGAAGAUAUUCAGCUAUAGGAGUGACCUGAGAGCCCACAUGAGAAUCCACACAGGUGAGAAACCAUAUUCCUGCAAAAUAUGUGGGAACAAUUUUAGAUAUACAACUUCUUUGAAAGUCCACAUGAGAAUCCACACAGGUGAGAAGCCAUAUUCUUGCAAAAUUUGUGGGAAAAGUUUUAUCCAAAGUUGUCAUUUGACUUCCCACAUGAGAAACCACACAAGUGAGGAGCCGUCUUCUUGUAAAACAUGCGGGGACACUUUCAGUAGUAGCGCUGACCUGGAAGACCACAUGAAAAUCCACACAGGUGAGCAUCCGGACUCUGGCAACACAUGAAGGGGAAUUUUAAAUUUUUUCUUUUUUUUUUUUUACUGUCCGCAUGAGAGCUCACUUAAAUUAGAAGCCUUUAACCUGCAACACCUGUGGUGCAAGAUGUAAAAAUGAGUUAACACUAGCGUUACUUAAGAUCACAAGAGUUGAGAAAAGCCCUACCCCUGUAGAUAAAAGUUUUACUCAACAGCAAUUUGACUGUCCACUUGAGAACUCAGAGACAGGACUUUGCAGUCUUGAAACAUCUGUGGGGGAAAAGAAUCUGUCUGCAGCACAGCCUGUAUAAUUUUGUAAAGAUUCGGAGAGGUUAAAAAUAGAGAUCGACCGAUACGGGUUUUUCAGGACCGAUACCUAUUAUUAGUAGUUAGAGGAGGCCGAUAACCGAUAUUUGGAGCCGAUACUCAUUUGCAGUGAAAGUGUAAAAAGUGGUGUAAAAAAUUUUGAAUAAUGCAAACACUGAACUUCGUUUAAAUGCCUAAAGCAUGUUUAUUUCAUCAAACAAAUAGAAAAUAAUAGCUCCAGAAGUGCAUGGAUUUCCUAGACUCAGGCAUCUCUUAUAAAGUUGAAUAAAAGCUUAAAUAAAUAGUUCCCUGAAAUUUUUCCACAGUAAAUAGAGUAAUAUUUAAAUAUAACUAUAAUGACUUAUCUUUGUUUUAAGUUCAAACACAACAAAAAUACAAGGAGUUAACAAGCUCAGCAGCAACUCUUGUAAAGUUCAAUAAAAACCUAUAUAAUAGCUCCCUGAAUAUUUUUCACAGUAAAGUAAAAUUUCAAUAUACCUGAAAUGACUUAUCUUUGUUUUAACUUCAAACAAAAACAAAAAGUGCAGGGAGUUCUCAGGCUCAGCAGUAUCUCUAGUAAAGUUAAAUAAAAAACUUGCUUCCAGAGGUUUUAUAAAGUAAUAGUAUAUAAAACAAAGUUAAAUAAAAUUUGCACAGAAAUGUGAGUGUCAAUUGAUAAAAAUGUAUAAUAGUUGCUAUGAGUGCAAUUAAACUCCUGACAGAACACAAACAGCCUUUAGGGCUUUAAUGAGCCCACACAGUAUUUAAAAUGUUCCACCAUUUUGUUCAGAUAAAUCACUUCUGAAAUUUACUCUCUCAUCCUCACUUUAAUUUUCAGAUCAUAGGACCAGAAAGCUCACAGCAACGUUAGCAGUGGCGAGUUGUAGAGUUUUUUAUGUGACUUUAACGCAAACACACACUAUUCUCCACAUUACAUACAUUUUCCCCAUUGCUAGUACAUAGUCUGCAGAGCAUUUAGAGCCAGAUUGAUGAACUAAUGUUAUGGUAAAAGCUAAUCAGCAAACAUUACCAAGAAAUUGGAUGUAUAAUGUUACUGUGCAUUUAGGAAGCUGCACUUCCUUGUUUUUUAAUCUGUAUUUGUUUACCUCCAAAAAAAUUAAGUACACCUAGCUGGCUUUUAAAUUUCUUCAUAUUACUCACAUUAGAUUACUUCACACUGAGGUAAUCUUAAAAAUCUGAUGCUUCUAAGGCCACUUCUGAAGCUUUCUGUUCCUGGCCAUCAAUGUAUUGUACAUUUCCUCUGUUAGCUGAUAGUUUUCUAGAUACUCAGAUUAAAUAGGUAGGAUAUUUCCAAACAUUUUUUUUAUUUUGUGAAUGCAGUUUGUGUGUGAGAAUCUUUGUGCCACAGUGUAAGUAGAAAAAGAAAUCUUGUGAAAGCCAGAUCAUCAUCAUCUGUUGUUGAGUCAGUAUAUAAUUGCGGGACUUUUUGUAACAUAGUUAACAGGUAUUAUAAUUGACAUUUUUGCUGUUUUCAGGCCUAAAAUCAACAUGGCAGCCUAUAGCCAAACACCACAUGGUAUUUUUAGAGAUGCAAUUAUACAUGGAUUUUUUUGUUGAAGCUAAGAAACCCUCUAGUGUCCCCAGCCAUCCGAUUUUUUUAUUCAUUUAUUUCUUAUUUCAUUGAGCGUUUUAUGUAUUUUGUGGUUACAUCAACUUUUGAAAUUGUUGAUAGAAGUGACAAAAAUUGUAGCAAAUGACUUGUAAAAGGCUCUAUAUUAAUAAACCUUUUAAAGAACGCUUGA